UUAUUUAAAGGUACUUUUUAUCACUGUGUUGGUACAGAAAUCAGACAUAUCAAAAAUAAAACCCACUGUUUAUCUGACGGUAACCAUUGGAUAAAUCGAAAAUAUAAUUUUGAUGAUCUAGGACAAGCUUUGAUGGCAUUGUUUGUUCUGGCCUCGAAAGAUGGCUGGGUUGAGAUAAUGUAUCAUGGCUUAGAUGCUGUUGGAGUGGAUAUACAGCCUCGCACCAACUAUAAUGAGUGGUUGAUCCUUUACUUUGUCUCAUUUUUAUUGAUUGUUGGUUUCUUCGUACUCAACAUGUUUGUUGGCGUGGUGGUAGAGAACUUCCACAAAUGUCGUGAAGAGCAGGCAGCUGAAGAGCUGAGACGCAAAAUGGAGAAACGUCAACGCAAGCUGGAAAAAGCUAGACAGAAAGCUCAAGAGACACCAUAUUAUGAGUUAUACAGCAGACCUCGUCGUGUGAUCCAUGAUUUGAUCAUGAAUAAAUAUUUUGAUUUACUUAUUGCCGCAAUUAUUGGACUGAAUGUGAUUAGUAUGGCAUUGGAGUACUACAAUAUGCCAAAGGUUAUGAUCGACCUAAUUACGUUUACCAACUAUGUAUUCACCGGAGUUUUUAUCUUAGAAGCAUUACUUAAGAUUUUUGCUCAAGGUGUAGUUCGAUAUUUUAGAGAUAGGUGGAACCAGCUAGACAUGCUUAUAGUCAUUCUCUCAAUAGUUGGCAUUGUCUUAGAAGAAAUGGAAUCAAAUUUUUUACCAAUAAACCCAACUAUCAUUCGAAUAAUGCGAGUUCUGCGAAUAGCCCGAGGUAUUGUCACUUCUUCUUUGAAAAUUCUCUGUCCCACUGGAUUGUAG